UGUUAAAUGAAUUCUGACAUUGUUUGGGGAGCAGCACUUCCCGGCCGCCAUCUUUAGAGGACCACUAUAGCGUCUCAGUCACCCAGCAGUGGCCGCUAAUCGUGUAUUACUACCUUAUUUCUCCUUGAAUUAACCGAGGAUUUAUUCCCAAAGGAUGCCGGAGCGAUACCACAUAGACACGAGUUUUGGCUCGGGAUCAAGGAGGGAUAGAUCAGGAGGUAUGCAAAGAGCAAGAGAAACAAUUGAUUAUGGUCACGGUAGCAGUUUCAGUGCUGCGAGGUACAGAGAUGGGGGAGGUUAUGGAGGAGCAGGAAGCAGCAGUAGCAGCAGCAACUAUGGACUAGGAAACAGUUCUUCCAGUUAUGGGCCUUCUUCAAACUAUGGGAGCACUUCUAGCUAUGGGGGAGCUUCUUCAUAUGAUGGCCCUCCCAGUUACAGUCACUCUUACAAUGUUACUCCCAAUUAUGGUGGUAAUUCUUCUUAUGGCAGUUCUGGAUAUAGCAGUGGGCAGAUGGUUAGUCCUUGGGAGACUGGCAUGGCUCCUGCUAGUGUUGGAAUAAAUCAGGGUGGCUACUUACCCACUCCCAGAGGCUCCAGUGGGGGCAUGAUGGAGAGUGGUGGCCCCCCAACUUCAAAUAUAGUUGGUGCAGUCAAUCAGCUGACUCAGAUGGGGAGUACUGAAUCAAAGCUUGCCUUGAACAUCUUAAAUGCUGUCCUGUCCACAGGACCAGGUGAUGAAGGGCAUCCCCACAAUGUGGACAUUGGACCACCAGCCAAUAAGAUGAGACGAAUGGAACGGGAUGGGGGUCAUGGUAACCACCGAGGGCGGACUCAUUCCCCCCCUGUGCGUCCACCGCCAGUACGCAAGUUUCCUCAACGGGAUCAGCAGUACAACCCUCGUCGGUCUUGGGACAACACGUCGCCUCAUCGUGGCAGGGGUGGCUAUUCCUAUGGCACAGCUGGACGUCUUAUGGUGACUAAUUACCAGCUUAGAAAGACAGCAAAGGCCAAACGGGGUAAGCCUAGGCCUGAUACCAAGGAAAAUAAAGGCCCUGCCAAGAACCAGAAGAAGGUGAGGAGUGAGGCAACACCAGCAGCAACAGCCGGGACAGCAGGUGGCCAGAAGGGGGACAAAUCUGAGGGUGAUGGUUCCUCAGCUUCAGCUGGCCCUAAAAAGAGUGAAACCAAAGAUGAUCCUAAGAAUGGAACAGAAGAGACAGAGGAAGCAGCUGAUGAUGCAGAAAACACAGAAGCAAUGGAUACCACCGAGAAUGAUGAAGACAAGGAUAUGAAAGCUAAAAAGGAGGCAUUUGUUCCCAGAGAGAUCCUGAAGUGCCACAUGUGCGAUGUUGACAACUUUUAUUCCAUUAAUUGUUACCAAAAACAUCUGGAUUCAAAGGCUCACAAGACCACAGCUAAUGCAUACCAUGAGCAGGGAGCAUCUAUCCUGGAAGUGUUGAGAGCUGAGGCAAAGUUGGCUUGUCAGCGACAAAUUCUGAAGGCCUGGAAGAAUGGAGCAAGAGGGAACCUCAUGACAUGUGGCAAGUGUCAAUGUAAAAUUGCUGGAAGUCUCCAGGAUCAUAACAAGAGUGUAGUGCACAGUCUCGUGGCACAGUACCUGAAGGUUAAGUGCUGUGGUCAUGCUUACACCAUCAGAGGAGCUCUUGAGGAACACCGCCUCUCACUUCUCCACUUUAAGUGGCAGAUGGAGAUGGAGCAGGAAAUGAAAGAGAGAGAAGAGAAGAAGAUGGAGGUAGAGGGAGUUAGUACUGAAGAAGAUGCAUUGCAGAUGUUCUAUGAUGCUGUGGAGAAGUAUAAGGCCAAUAAUUGUGAGGAAGAAGUGACUUCAGACACGAUACCUCCUUAUGACCCUGCUGUUCCUGUCGGACUGCACAUGAUUGGGACAAAAUCUCAUUACCGUUGUAAAGUUUGCCCAGGUCCAAGGUUUAGAAUGGUGGAUGAACAACAAGUGAGAACUCACUUCCGUUCUAUUGUUCAUUACCAAAAUUUGUUUGCUCACGUCACAAAAACGCAGGAAUUGAAAAAUAUUGAAAGGAGGAAAAAGGAGGAUGAAAAGAAGAAACAGCAAGCGGAAGAAAAAAAGACAGGAGAAAAACAGGCAGGAGAAAAACAGGCAGAAGAAGAAAAACAGACAGAAGAAGAAAAACAAGCAGAAGAAGAAAAACAAGCAGAAGAAGAAAAUCAGGCAGAAGAAGAAAAUCAGGCAGAAGAAGAAAAUCAGGCAGAAGAAGAAAAGGCAGAAGAUGAAGAUCAGGCAGAAGAUGAAGAUCAGGCAGAUGAAGAAGAAGAACAGACAGAGGAAGACAAAAAGACAAAGGAGGAAGAAGCAGCAGCAGUGAAGGAUAACAACGAUAGUAUGGAAGGACAAGAAAACAUCGAGGACAUGGAAACUGUGGAUGAAGCUACAGAAGAUACAGAGUUGGACACAAGCACUGAAGUCGACGCAGUUGCAGACCAGAGCGACAAGGAAACGAAGCCACAAGAGAAGGUUGACGACGUUGAUAUGGACGAGAUAAAAUCUGUGUUAGAGGAAGUGGGAGAAGCCUUUGGUGUUGAGGAAGAGGAGGCAUGUGAAGUGAACAAUGCAAAAGAUAAUGCUGUUGGUGAAGAAGGGUCUAAACAGAUAUUGAAAGAGAAAAAAGUUGUUGCUGAAGAGAAACCAGCUGUAAAACAAGAAAGUCCUAAGGAAAUAAUUAAAGUUGAGCAAGAGGUGAAGGUUGCUGAAGUGGGAACUCCAACUCGUGGACGACGAGGGAGGGGAAGAGGACGGGGGCGAUCCCCUCGGAACUAGUUCCUUUGAAAAUAGUAAGAUGUGCAACUGUCUGGAAAGGUGUGCCUGAAGCUGGUAAUUGGUUUUCACAAAUGAGGAAUUGUUGGUAAAGGUCUCCUUUAUGUUGCAUAACAUGACUACCUUGCAAUGGUAACAUUUACUCUCGUCAUUAAUGUGAUUAAAGGAUACAAGUUUUGAACAUGUGCAGUUGGUGGAAAAUGUGUGUGAACCAGUGUUAGUAUGUGUGUUCACAUAUGUGCAUAACAUGUUUAAUGAUGCAAAGGAACAUAAUACUAUCUGUAUUUUAUAUGAUUAUCUAGAUAGUGUAGCAUUUGUCCAAUUAGACACACUACCAAAUAGUUUUGGAUGAUUUCACAUGUUUAUAUAGUUAUUUUAUUUCAAUAUCCAUUGCAGUUAUUUUGUGUGUGUGCCCGCCCCCAUGAGUGGGCACUGAAAAUCGCUUCUUCUUUUUUAAUAUGUAGUUCCAUAAUUAUUUUUUGUGAGUAUGCAUGAGACCAUUAAGAGUGAAAGGUUCAACUUAUCCUUAGUAGCGACAGCUUAUGACGUGUCAGUUAAGCCACUUAAAUAAAUUAAAUACUACUAUUGGUGUACUGAAAAUAUUUGUUUCAAAGUUUGACAGGAAUUUGGAUUAAUGUGAAUUAGCAUGUGGUUAAGUACCCACUAUGCAGAAUUCUAAAAAUUUGUACGCUUACAGAUGCCAGACCAUGGCUGAUUUGAGUUGUGGAAAAGGGUGUAUUCUUCAACUUUAACACAAUGAGGCUAGUGAACUUGAGAAUAAGUAAUUAUGUGAGAAUUACCAAUAUUUGUUAAUGAGCAUAAGCUCAAGGUGGGUUAAGCACUUUCCAAUAGCAUAUUGUCUGAUAGUUAUAUAAAUUUUGUAAGUAUUUGUAGCUGAACCGUAGUCUUUGGUACCACAGGAAAAAUAUUAAUGCAUUGUUGAUCUUUAUGUGCCUGAAAAUCAGAUUUAAUUUGCCUUUGUCAAUUAAAAUGAAUAUAUAAA